UCCGAGCCGUAAACGUGGAUUUUUAGUGCAUGUAAUUCAAGACAUGGCUACAGCAGCACCCAGUACAUUAGUCAGUCAGAAGAAGAAACACUUUAUUGGUGUUCCUGCACCACUAGGAUAUGUUGCAGGUGUUGGUAGAGGCGCUACUGGCUUUACAACCCGUUCUGAUAUUGGUCCUGCUCGAGAUGCUAGUGAUGUUCCAGAUGAUCGACAUGCACCUCCAAAUAAAAGAAAAAAAAUGCAACAGAAAGAUGAAGAGGAUGACGAUGAUGAAGAUUUAAAUGACUCAAACUAUGAUGAGUUUGCUGGGUAUGGUGGUAGUUUGUUUAGCAAAGAUCCAUAUGAUAAAGAUGAUGAAGAAGCUGAUGCUAUAUAUGAAGCUAUUGACAAACGAAUGGAUCAAAAAAGAAAAGAAUACAGAGAAAUGAAGCUCAAGAUAGAACUUGAAAAAUAUCGUCAGGAGAGGCCUAAAAUUCAGAUGCAAUUUUCUGACCUUAAG